AAUGUGGCUGGUAAGACCAAGACUAACACGCCGGUAAUCCCGUCGAAUGAAAAUUCACCACGUUGUUAGGAAAGCGUUGUGGUCGAGUAGUUUUCGGCAAGAAUCGAUUCCUUCUAGAUUAUUCAAUAAUCCAUUUAUCGUCUAAAUAGUGAAGAGACAAGUGCAAGAACGGAAGAAUGAAGAUUAGAAGAAGUUUAUUAUUAUUGGGGUUGUUGGCGUCACUUUUAUUAGCAGUAAAAUGUGAAGAAGAUGAUGUUGAUGAUGUUGAUGUUGAAGUUGAAGAUGAUGGAGAAGAUGAUGUACCACCAAGAGAAAAGCCAGUGUACAAAAGACCAACUCUAAAAGAAAACACAUACUUUGCAGAACCAUUCCACACAAAGGAUGAUUUUACAAAAAGAUGGGUUUUAUCUGAAGCUAAAAAAGAUAACACGGAUGAAACAAUAGCUAAAUAUGAUGGUAAAUGGUCUGUAGAAGAACCAAGUGAGAAUCCUCUAGUAGGAGAUCUGGGCUUAAUACUUAAAAGUAAAGCUAAACAUCAUGCUGUCUCAUCUCCUUUAAACAAACCUUUUGAUUUCUCAGGAAAACCAUUUAUCAUGCAAUAUGAAGUUCGAUUCCAGAAUGGAAUGGAAUGUGGAGGUGCUUAUGUUAAACUUCUGUCUCAAGAUAGUAAACUACCUCUGAAUAAAUUUCAAGAUAAAACUCCAUAUACAAUUAUGUUUGGUCCAGAUAAAUGUGGCAACGAUCAUAAACUACAUUUUAUCUUCCGUCAUAAAAACCCUAAAACAGGAGAAAUUGAGGAGAAACAUGCGAAGAAACCUGCCGCUAGUCUUGAUAGUUUCUUUACAGAUAAAAAAACACAUUUAUACACAUUGGUUAUAAAACCAGAUAAUACGUUUCAAAUCAAAGUGGAUGGUAAUGUUGUUAAUUCUGGCAGCUUAUUGGAAGAUUUCAGCCCACCUGUAAAUCCACCUAAAGAAAUAGAAGAUCCUGAUGAUAAGAAACCAGAAGAUUGGGAUGAAAGGGAAAAAAUCGCUGACCCUGAUGCAACGAAACCAGUAGAUUGGGAUGAAAGUGAACCCGAGAUGAUUAUUGAUGAAGAUGCUGUUAUGCCUGAUGGUUGGUUAGAGGAUGAACCAAAAUUGAUUCCUGAUCCUGCUGCAACUAAACCUGAUGAUUGGGAUGAUGAAAUGGACGGUGAAUGGGAGGCACCAUUGAUAGAUAAUGAGAAAUGUGCCGAUGCUCCUGGAUGCGGUCCGUGGAAAAAACCAUCUAUUAAGAAUCCAAAUUAUAAAGGAAAAUGGUUUGCACCAAUUAUAGAUAAUCCUAAUUAUAAGGGAAUUUGGCAACCGAGAAUGAUCCUUAAUCCUAAUUAUUUUGAAGAUUUAAAUCCUUAUAAAAUGACACCAAUUUCUGCGCUUGGUUUAGAGUUGUGGUCAAUGACAAAUGAUAUUUUAUUUGAUAAUUUCCUCAUAUCUGACGAUGAUAAGGUGGUAGAAAGCUGGACUCAUUCUUCCUGGGUCAUUAAAAAUAUGGAAGAAAAGGCAUCAUCUGCUUCAGGAUUGAAUAUCUGGAACACGUUAAAAUCAUCGGCGGAUGCGAAACCAUGGCUGUGGGCUGUUUAUGUCGUUGUUUUACUUCUACCCAUUGUCUUGCUCUCCAUUUGUUUCUGUCCUAAAUCGGGACCAAUUAAGUCAGAAGAUAUCGCACAACGUAAGAAGACAGAUGAAGCCACACCAGAUGAUGAUGCAGUGAAAGAAGGAGAAGAAGCUAAAUCAGAUGAUAAAAAAGCUGAUAUUGGACCAGGUGGAGAUAAUACACAAACUACUGGCAAAUCAAAAAAAUCAGAUUUAGAAGCUAAAGAUGAUGAUGAAGGUGAUGAUGCUGAUGAAGAGGAAGAUGAAGAUGUGGAAGAUGAACAGAAAGUAAAAGAAUCACCCAGGCAAAGAAAACGUAAGCCAAGGAAAGAGUAAAGAUAGAAGAGUAUACUUGUUAUAUGCAGUGUAUAAACUAUUAUUAACGUGUGUAUAUGGUUGUCUGAAUGUUGAUGAUUGGUUGGUUGAAUUAUUUUAUAAACUAUAAAUAACAACAAACGUUGUUAAAUCAGCUUUCAAUUUUUAAACCAGAUGCCUUUUAAUAGUUACUAUCAGGAUUAAAGCGCUGUUCAUUAAAUUAAUAAAAAAGAAAUAGUGUUUUAAUUUACUAGAGCCAUGAUAUACCAAUUUCAUUAAAAUGAUGUGUUUGAUUGAAUAGAUUUCUAGUGAGUCAGGUUUCAUGCUUGUUUUAGAUUAAAUUUCUGCUCUCGUCUUCAUUAGCCCAGUCGGUGCAGAAACGUAUGAAUGUAUAUAUCACUCUCAAAUGAGAAAGCUUCUAUUAUUUAUAACUUUUGCCUCUCAAUUGAUCUCAUGGAAUAUCCGCUGAUAGUAUCAAAUAUUUUAAUAUUUAAAAGAAGAAAUUGUCAAGCCCUGUGAGAAAUAUUUAGAAAAUCAUCUUUUUAAUAUUUAUUUGCUAGUUAUGGGCCAUGUAAAUCAAUUGGCUUUCUUCAAUUAUUGUAGCAAGCGGUAAUGAAGCCAGAAGAACACAGUUUCAUAAUUUCAUGUUUGCUUAUGAAGUUUUGGGGUCUUUUUUUUUUAGAAUUUUCAUUUUUCUUAUUCCAUAGGUAGAUUUCAUUAAGGAAUUAUAAUUGCUCAAAGUUAAAUAUUAACAUGAAUUUUAAUCUGAUAGAUUUAUUUUUCUGGGGGUGGGCUGGAACUUUAAAACAGAAGAAUUUGUCUUCCUUACUAAUAUUACUGCUGUGGACUCAGCCUGUAUGUUUGUAUCUAAAAAUUCAAUUGAGUAAGGUGCUUGCUCAUUAACCAACCGGUUCCGGGUUGAAUCCCAGUUUUAGCCGAGAAAUUGAUUGGGGCUUUCCAGUCUAGUUUCCCCAGCGAAAAAACAGCUUCUAGUCUUUUAAAUUUGCACUAAAAAACGGAGGUCCUGUAUACUCAUUGGUGUGCAAAUAACAGAAACCCUUAAUAGUCAGAAUUCACAGGCAGAAACAAUUCACAUAAAAAAAUAUUUUCAGUGCUGAAUGUGUGUAGAGAUAUUAUGAAUAGCAAAUGAUAUUUGUUAAUUAUGUGCAAAAUGUCCCGAAAUGUUUGCCCAUAUCCGCAAACAAAUUUAAUGUUUUUGAAUAAAGUUGAUCAGCCAAUUUGAAUUAAUGUUUAAGUGUAUAUAGACUAUACUAAUUAGUUAGAAGAUUUGAUUGGUUAUAAUGUUAAAGAAUAAUUGUUUGUAUUUAAAUCAUGGUAGGUGUAUACAUUUGUUCUUGUUCCAUUUUUUUAAGAUUUAAAUGUUUAGCCAUUCAUUAAUAUGUUGUUCUUUUUUAUACCUGUGUUGACCUAUGUGUUAUAUAUUAUUCCAAUGAUUGGUAGUAAAACUAGAAUCAGGUAGCCCAAAAUAAGGCCAGACCAAUUUUAUUUUGUGUUCUUCGGGAACAACUGUUAAAAUUUUACUUUUUAUUUCUUCGGGAAAAAGACUAAUUUAAUUAAAAACCAAAAGUGCUUGAUUGAACUUUUCACAAGCAAUUAGUACCAUUGAAAUUUGGUACAAAACAUCAUACACAAGAAUUGAGUUGGGUAUUUAAUGAACAAGACUCCCGAAGAACUGAACAUUAAACUGGUUUGGCCUAAUGAUUACAUUUUGUUAAGGAAAAGUAGAUUAUGUAAACUCAAGUAAAAGGAAAGUAGAACCAAAGCACUGACUGGAAAUAAAAAUUGAUCAACUGUAGAAUUUAGAUUGUAAUUUUAAAACAAAGUAAAUAUUGUUAAAUUCAUAGUUUGUAUGCAUUAAAAAUUUGAUUUUUAUUAAACUGAGACAAUGAUAAAAAAUUUUCAGAUUAUCUUUACAAAUGAUUUGCUAAUAUGGGAUGAACAAAAUAGGCAGGAAAUACAUGUACUCAAAAUUCAUUCAUAUUAAGAACAGUUCAUGGUGACAAAUUAUCAAGGUACAUGUUUUUAUGGUGAUAAAUUAUCAUGAAGUUGUCAAGCUUUGUUUUUGAUAAAGUCCACAUGAAUGGAAGCCAUUACACUUUUUAAUUUCUGGCCUGUGUUUUAACCAACCAGAAUAUUGAUUUAAAAAAUCAUGAAUUCAGUUCAUAUUGAUGUAAACCAUUUAAUCAAAGGUAUUCAUUUUAUAGAUUCUCCGCCUUUAUAAGCCUAGUUUGGUGCAGGAAAAUUGGACGUUAAACCCUAUUCCAUAUCAUUCAUUGAAUGAGAUUUCAGGGUCUGUCUGUAAAAUCUGAGUUUAAGUAAUGGUCACUUCACAUGAUCAGUCGCAGUAUGAUCCAGUUGCUAUCCCUUGUGCAAGCUUGUCUCAAACAGUUGCCAUGUGCAUUAUUGGACUGUUGUAGGAGCAGCUUUUGACCUUGAUUAAUCAAUCGGCAGUGAUGUUUCCAGUAGUUUACCUACAGUUCCAUGCAUCGCACGCCAAGAAGUCGCUGUAACAGAUGGUUUCAUUGGCUAAUCCCUCACUUCAACCAAAACGCCGGUAAUUUAACAACUCUUCCAGAUCCUAGUAUAGUAAAAAGACAAGUAGAACGAAAUUUUGAAGUAUUAAAAAACCGAAAUAGGAUUGGAUGCAUUUCUUACCUUGAUUGUGUGAAGAUGGACUUUAGGCUACUCGAAGUUUUCAGAAAUCUAGUUUUGUCAUUUAUAUGAAAUAAAGUUAUAUUAUCACCAAU